AUGCAAAAGCACCAUCUCCCAAGAAAACAUAUGGUAAAUCGACGUUUAAUCCGGAUUUCUCUUGAUAACGAAACCCUCGAGCCCACAUCUCAAGAAUCAAAAUCAGAAUUCAAUGAAGUAGUGAAUGUUGUACCCUCAGCUAAGUCUCAGCAAGCAGCACUUGUAGCCAAACCUCACCGACCAACACCCUUACCAAUCUCUCAGCAAAGAUAUCGUCGUCGCCAAGUUCCUACGGAAUUGCUUCAAGCAGAAAGUGAAAUGAAGGAAGCCUUCUCAUGGGUGAAGAAUGUUGUGUCCAGAAAUGAUGAAAAAGAAGACGAGUGCGAUUUAUACGGUAGAAUGUUGGCGAAAAAACUACGAAAAAUUCCGGAAUUUCAAAGAGAAUACUUGAUGCAUGAUAUUAACGAAAUGGUCCUCAGGGCAAUGCAUCCAGCUCAUGGUUCUGUCGCCACGCCAUCCUGUUCCAAUGGACCACCUUCGAACUCAUCGCUAAUUUCCUUAUCGUAUUCUCGACCUACAUCUGCAAACAGCAAUAACUGUUCCUAUGCUUCAUCACAGGGUAUCAACGAGCAUGCCCAGGACCAGAUGGAAGAACACAUACAGAAAUCUGAUACCUAUCAGCCAAGCACUGUAUAUGACCUUUGGAGGAAAAACAGACACCAACUCGAAAACUACUCAUUUCAACAUGUAGACGUAAACAUUUUAUAA